GGGUGUAUGCAUCUGUAGGGGUGUGUACGUGUGUGUACGUGUGUGUAUGAGCGUGUAUGAGUGUGUAUGUAUCUGUAUGAGUGUGUAGGUGUGUGUAGGUGUGUGUAGGGGUGUGUAUGUGUGUGUAUGUAUCUGUAUGAGUGUGUAUGUAUCUGUAUGAGUGUGUAUGUGUGUGUAGGGGUGUGUAUGUGUGUGUAUGUGCGCAUGAGUGUGUCAUUGUUUACGGUCGGUCACACCAGUGUAAGUGGGUCAUGGGAAAGGGAAGCUAUGCUAACUGCUCAACCAUUGACCUUGCGUGAACCGCGGUGUGAAGGCUUGCUUUGAGCAACUGAUGCCUACAGUCUGGACUAAACCUGAGCUGAUGAGCAGGACCUGAUCCAUACUGGUGCUGCCAUGUCUAGAAGAAGCCGAAACAGCCGGGCCUGGCGAUAUGUGUGGGGAGGAAUAAGACAAGACGCAGAUGCUCGAGCUCUUGUGUUGGCUUCUGAGAAUGAGGACUGGGGUUAUGAGCGCCUAGAGUACAGUGAUUCUGACUCCGAGGCGGACUUCUCAGCAGUUAUGGCCCCCCCAGUCCCCAGUGCUGUGCCUGUUACUGGAGAGUCAUACUGUGGCUGUGAUUCACAAGCUGACACCAGCUACAAUUCCCGAUUACGAGGAUUUCACCAAGUGAAAGACUGCCACUGUGGAGAGGAUGAUCAAGAUUUCGACUGGGUUUGGGAUACUAGCAGCAGAUCCACAGCAACAUUAUUGAGUUGUGACAACCGCAAAGUGAACUUCCACUCUGAAUACAGCUGUGGCACAGCUGCAGUGCGUGGCUCCAAAGAGCUGGUGGAAGGCCAACACUUCUGGGAGAUCAAGAUGACGUCCCCAGUGUAUGGGACAGACAUGAUGGUUGGGAUUGGUACUUGUGACGUUAACCUGGACAAAUAUAGGCAUACAUUUUGCAGCCUGUUGGGAAAGGAUGCUGACAGCUGGGGCCUUUCUUACACUGGUCUGUUGCACCAUAAAGGAGACAAGAUGAAUUUCUCCACCCGCUUUGGACAAGGUUCUAUUAUUGGUGUCCAUCUGGACACUUGGCAUGGAACUCUUACAUUUUUUAAGAAUCGCAAGUGCAUUGGUGUUGCUGCCACAGAGCUACAGAAUAAGCGUUUUUAUCCAAUGGCCUGCUCAACAGCAGCAAAGAGCAGUAUGAAGGUAAUCCGCUCCUGCUCUGCUCCCACCUCCCUGCUCUAUCUCUGCUGUGCACGUCUCCGCCAACUGCUGCCAGACUCUGUAGACACUCUAGAUGUGCUACCACUGCCACCCGGUCUCCGUCAUUUAUUACAUAACAAACUUGGGUGGGUGCUGAGUCUCAGGAGUGGCAGCUUAGAAGAGACUCUGGAUGAGCCUGAGCAGUCCCCAGACCUACCUAUCCCUGCUCUGGCUGGACCAUCCUCCUCGGAGAGCGAUUCAGAGGGCUGCACUUCAGACCCUGAAGCCUGUCAGAGGAAAAGAUGUCGCUGGACAUAGAAAACUUCUUCCUACCUCCUCCCAAACACUGGCACUGUCGUAUGGCAGCUAACCCAGUAGUCACCUGCCUGUCUGAAAUCUAUCUUCAGACAGUCAAUUCAAAAAACCAGUUUUAGCAAGUCCAUGAAAGUCUAUUAAUGACCCAACUCAACAGUACAAAGUUCUCUCUGAAAAUUGAAGCCUUGAUUAUAAGACAUUGAGCUUCUUUUUUUAUUUUAAAGUUAUGCAAAUGCUUUACACUGUUUUUCAGUUUACAACUAACCAUGGUGUCUGUUACUGUAACUACUAUAUAUACUAAAACAGAAUAACUGUUACAAAGAGGGUAUUUUACAUCUUUACCUGUAAUAUUUUAAAUGUAAAAAAAAUCAUUAGGGUAUUUUUAAAGUAAAUCUAAACAGAAUAAUUGAAACUUGUGUGUCAUAACUAUUUGCAUUUCUUCCCUUAUAACAUUCAUUCUGAAUAUGAAUGACAAAAGAUGCACAUAUAUUUUAUGUUUGUCAGAUGUUAUUAGCAAUUUUAAUGUUAAACGUUGCUGGAUUUUAUGCAAUGUUAUUCUUUUGGUGCUUUGUGUACUCACUCCUGUUACAGUCAUGGGCCAUUUUGAUCAGCCUAUAGGGUCCAUCAUGAAAGGAUGCAUUGGUUGAAUCGUGGCCGCACAAUUACAGUGAUUUUUAAUUUUUGAUUCCAUAAAAGGUAUUGUGUAUCAUGCUAAAUGUAAACAAAAUGCUGCCAUCUGGAGUUACUGUCAUUUUAAAUGGCUGUAGUAUUUCUAGUGCUGGUAUGACCCUAUAUGUAAACAAAUUACACAUAUAGUCAUCUGAUGUAAACAGUGUAGGAUGGUAGGAUUCACCACAAAAUGAAAGAUCGCCAAACUCAUAACCUUGAUAUAUAAUCGUUGCAAGCUGCAAUGGACCAAGCUUAUAUGUGAUAAGUCCUAACGACGUGACAUCACAAAUGUAAAAAUCUGUUGUUUGUAAUGAAGCCAAUGCGUCUUAUUCACAGUAUUCGUCUUCAUGUUAAAUGCAUCUAAGCACUUUUUAUGACUGUAAAUACAAAAUAAUUUCCUUUAUUAUAUCUCAUAAGGUAAAGAUAUAUGUUAAAGCCUUUUCUGAAUAAGUUAAAAGCAUGAUUUUCCACUCAGAAUAAAAUGAAUGCUUAAUACUG